CACUACUAUCAAUGGGAUGACAAAAUAGAGAGAAAAAACCUUAAUAUAGUAAAUAAAAAGGUUUACUGGACUUCAGGACAACUUUUGCUUGCGCCGUGCGUGCUCAGCCAACAUGGUCGUUCCAAAGGAAAUCUUAAGCGACUACAAGGAGCUGUACGAGAAGGCCAACCGUCUGGUGGAGGAGGAGAGUCGCAGUGAUCCGCCCACGGAUCCCUUUCGCUCCCAUUAUAAAGCGCGCGAUGUGCUGAAUGGCUUGAAGAAGCAGCUUGACGACCAACUGGUCUCUGUCCAGGCCAGCGAGGAGGACGGUGGUCAGGACGAUCUAUGCUACCAGUCCUUGCUGGCCUUCGUCUGCCGGGAUCUCGGCCGGAUCUACAUCUACACGGAGGAGCAGUCAGAGGGCGAGAAGCUGCUCAAUCGUUGCCUAGAGCUAGUCACGCCGUUCAAGGAGCGCCCUGAAGGCAUCGUUCCCUUUAUUGGGGCAAUCAACGAGUUGAGCAUUGUUCUGGCCUCCAAAGAGGAGUACAAGAAGGGCCUGGACAUUCUACUGGAGGCAGAAAAAAUCUACGAGCAGUUUAAGGAAAGUGGUCUGAAGCCCCUGGCCAUACAGGAUGUGUUCAAUCCCCCGGAGGAUGGACAGGAAUCUCUGGAAGCGGGACCCAAGGAGCUGGAAUCCCUGUACACGCUUGUCUCCUUUUACAUGGCGCAGAUGUACGGGCAUUUGGGAGAGCCGGAAAAGUCGGCCAAGUGCUGCCACCGCACCCUCCAUCGCCAGCUGGAGUCCAAAACAUACGAUGCCAUUGAUUUUGCACUGAACACCGCCACUUUGUCCCAGUUCUAUAUUGGAGAAAAACGCUUCCAGGAGGCCCGUCAUCACCUGGCCGCCGCUACCCUCAUCAUGGCCGAAUACGAGGUGCACAUGCUGGAGCCGGAGAUGAGCGAGAAGCAGCGCCAAGAUGUGUCGGAGACCUUCAAACAUCGCUACGCCGAUGUGGCACGCUGUUGGGCCAAAUACGGAUUGUAUUUAAUGCACACAUCUAAGCUUCGGCUGAUGAGGGACGAAGAUGACGAGGAGGCCAAAAACCUGGAGAUAGUUUUGCGCAAUCUUCGACUGGUCGAGGCGGAACAGUCCCGGUUUCCAGGUCUUGACCUCACUGCGUGUGAAAAUCGUAUUAGCUGUGAGUACUGCCUGACCUUCGACGAUGCCAAGUUGGUGUUCCAUUUCGUUAACGAGUGGCUGGACAUAGCCAAGGACUAUUACAAGGCCGAGGAUGAAGCUACUGAGUAUUCCAAAAUUAUGCAAGAUUACGCUGAGGCGUACGAGCACAUUGCCUUCUUUGAGGAGAAUCCAGAAAACCAGGCCAAGAUGCAAAAGCGUCGCGCCAAGUACCUGGAAGAUCUGUUGGAUCUUCUUGACCCCAUCUUUUACAUGAAGAUCUGCCGAGAAUGCUGGUACGGAGCCGGAACAGCCCAUGCUGCCGUAAUGGAUGUCCGUCUCGAUAUCAUUCGGGCUACUAGUACUCCAUCACCGGAGGAAAUCAAGAAGGUCAAUCAGAGCUGUAUGAAGGCCAUCAAGCACUUUGAGAGCUACGUUAAAUCUUAUAUGGCCAAACCGCCGAGCGAGGAGUGGCGACCCAACAUGGACGUGGAGGAGCAGCGUCACAUGCUUUACGCCCACUUCCACAUCGGUCGUAUCUACUACAAACUGAUCAAUGCCCAUCCACUCCAGCAGUUGGAGCAUCUAACGAAGUGCCACACCUACUACAAGAGAUUCGAUGCUGGUUGUCAGCUGCACAAGGAGGCGGCUGAGACGCUGCAGGGCGAGAUCGGAGUUGUGCGCGAAAUGCUCCAGCUGCUUCCGCUCAAGAUAAACACAAUUAAGGCCAGGUUGGGCUAGACUGGAUAAGCCGCGUUCUGACAUAAGAAUUUCCAAAAAAUUAAUUGCAUUUGCUGAAAGCUUUAUACGUAGUCCAAAUAAAACGCUUAU